CGUUAAAGUAAACUGCAGUUUAUUGUUCCCCUGACCUAGACGUAAAGUUAACCUAAGCUUAGUGAAAAACUUUAUUGUGCGAAGUCGGCAGAAUGUGUGAUGUUAUAAUUGGCGAUCUGAUGAAAAGCUAGCGUGCUGUUCGUCGAUUAAUAGCCGUACUAGAAGAUGAAUUGAAAGUGAAUAACUUUGAGCCGAUAGUUGCGCAUAGACUGUGUCCCGAUCAAGAUGCCGGAGUUCGACGACACGUUCCUGUUUGAUUGUGCAAAAUUCGAACGAAAAAACUGGAAAUCCUACAAUAUCAGCCUGCGCCCGAGCAGUAUUGUGUUGAAAAGUGUGAACAGUUUCAGUCCAACCGCCCUCAACAAUGGCAAACACUGCAUAGACGGUGGUGAUUUAAUUGUGGGUGCUUUGAGACCGAUUAGUGAUCCGGAGGAUGUGAAUCCGACGGAGGUGGUAGUGAAGAAACGUGAUCAUCCGCAAAGGAAUGUGGCAGUUAACUAUCUGUAUAGCAGUGUUAAUCCGAUUCGUGAAAAAAUUCUCGGAUACAACUUUAAGCGGCACUCGUACACGUGUACCUCGCCUCAUUCGCCGGGGAGCAGCCAGCCGGGUGUGUUCGGAGCAGUGGUACCAUCUUUCGGAGCAUAUUGUGAUAACGGACCGACCACCUCGAAUCAGACGACCCUCAACUCAUCAGUAUCAGCUGGAGCAACCCCACGUAACAGUGGUAGUAGUACUGCCAGCAGCAAUACGGUUAGCACUUGUGCCACCCUGACUGGCAACAGUACACCGGUAACGAAUGCCGUCAGUUCGAGCACAGUAGCGGACAGCGGUAGCAGUAGGGCAGCAGAAAACGGUUGCGAGAAAGCAGUUACACCCGGGGCACCGGGAUCCUCUGGUCACAAAGGUAGCAUCCGGGGUAAUAAGCUGGCCCGAAGAGCACGUUCCUUCAAAGACGAUUUCCUGGAGAAGAUCUCACAGAUCCGUACACCCACUAAUACGAUGACGAGGUCACACUCACCAAACAGUCCACGUAGUGGCAGUGCCGGCAGUGGUCAGCGGACUAGCGGUGGAAAAGGCCCUGCCGACGAUUUGCUGACUGCCGCGGGGAAACCAAUCCAAGAUUUGGCCUAUCACGUGCGUCAAGUAAAAAACGCACUCACCCACUUCAAGGAUGUAAUACUGAAGAACAAGCUGGAGAUGCUCCCGGGUAAUGGAACCGUGGUGCUGGAGUUGAUUGCCAACGUACACACGGCCCUGCAAUCCUACACACUGAACGAAAACAGCAGCGCGCUUAUUAACGCAACCAACCAUGUAUAUAUGUCCCUCGGGAACCUGUUGAAACUCUGCGACGAGGUUCUUCUGACUGCCGACAACGAAAACUGUCCUUCGCUGAGCAAAGAGAACGUUAAAGAAAUCGUCGAACUGGUCGACAAUGCCGUCAAUAAUCUGGUCAAUCUUGCUAACGAGAAAAUCUCCGAUAAAGCUGCAGGCAGCACUAUCAACGCUAAUCACACCAUCUCUUCCAACACAUUACAACGACCGGUGGUGGACAUUGCCGGACAGAGAACAUCUCUGCCGGAUAUACCACUAACACCACGAGAACGGGAUAUUCUGGAGCAAACCUCGCUUAAAACGGUCCGCGCAUCGCACAGUACCGAAAGUGUUCUUCGCGAUUCUAGUCCUCCCCCGAAACCUCCGCUACCCGACCGUGGUCAGGAUCCACCACCGCUGCCACCAAAGCGGAAGAGCCAACAUUCGAAAAACCACUCGUUUCACGAAACGUCCGAUUGUGCUUCGGAUUCAACAUUUCUUGGUUGUGGUGGCCUCGAUCGAAUGUCACUAAGGUCUCGCUCUCCAGAAGAUAACUCUAGUCUGCUGAGUGCCAGCGCUGGUUCGUUGGACUCGGCAUUAAAUCACUCACGCGAAGAGGAAGAACUCCGAGCACUAACUCAUGACAAAUCAUCUCUAAUACUGGGGCAGACCGGUGGCCAUAACUCAACGGUAUGGGAUGAAUCAGACUGCCCCGGCAUGCAGUUGCUAGGCGGUGGAGGUGCCAUCAUGACAGACGUCACUGCUCUCAAUAAUCGAAACUCCAACGAAUCGGGUUUCGAGUCCAUGUACUCGCUCCGAAUAAGCCGGGAUCAUCAGAGCAGUUCUACGCAUAAAUCUGCAGCAUUUGCUAGUGCAAGCAGUAGUACCACCAGUUCGCAAAUGCACAAAUCCGAAUCGCUGGGCGAUAGACUGAGUUCAGGAAAAAUAAUUUCAAUGGUCACUAGUCAACAGCAGCAACAACAACAGCAAGAGCAACAGCAUCAGAAGAUCGAUACCAUUGUAACACAAGCUAGCGGCGAUGGUGGUGAUAUCGUGUUAACUUCAACAACCACUACAGAGUUCACUAGCAGUAGUAGUAGAGUACAGAAAGCUACUUUAUCAAAGGUUAUACAGUACGGCAGCAUCGAGGCAAAUGACGAGGUGUUUGGUAGCGAGCCCAACGAUAGGCCACCAGCAUUGCCGGUGAAAACUCGAUCGCAAAGUAUUAGAAGAGAACGGCACCCAUCGCAGUAUGAUAAUGUGGACGAGAUGGAUCUAGAGAAGGGUUCACAAGACACGUUCAAUAACUGCUCGUUGCAUCAGACGGGUUACCAUAGCCGGCAGCAGAUGAUCAAUAAUAUGCCGAGUAAGCAUAUAAGUCUGAUUGAACCGCGUCAUAUGAAUCAUUUCAGCGAGGAGCCACCACCUUUACCAAUGAAGAAGAAGCACAUGUUUCAAAGUGUGGCUUAUUCAGUCAUGGCAUAUAUGGAGAUCUUUGGAAGCGCAACGCAGAACCAGUCGGAGUUCAUGCGGCACUCGGUUCAUACGUACAACAUGUCGCAUCACUCCAGUGACCACCAUCACCACCACCACCAUCAUCAUCACCACCACCAACAUCAUCAGACGAUGUCGAUGACCAGUGGCGCAAGUAACCAUAGCAUCACUCACAGUCAAACCAUGAAUUUAUCCCCAUCCCGUGUGAUUCCAACGCCGACAUCGCCACCAAGUUCGCCUGGCUUAAAUGUAAAGCCACCGGCAUUGCCACCGAAGCGGCAGCGAAUCAACAGUAAAACCCCGAGUAUUACUUCUACGCCACCAGCUAGUCCCAAAGUAUUUAGCACAGAUCUGCCAUCGUCACCGUCACCAUCACCCUCUCAGCAUCACACGGCCACCAAUAGCUGCUCAUCUCCAUCGCCAUCGUCGUCCUCCAUGGGCGCACUAUUACCGACGCCUCCGCCAAAGAAUCACUCUCUGCUGUUAAUGUCCGCGGCUAAUAGUACACCGACUAACAGCAUUACCCAAUCGCCGAUGAUCAUCAGUGACAGCCAGCUGGCAGCAGCAGCCAUAACCAAAAUUAAGGUAUCGCCCGUAUCCGGGGACGGACAGCUUCUUGCUUCUAACUCUAGUACUACCACCUCCAACACUUCUAUUUCUCCCAACUCUCCGCAUCAAUCACAGUAUAACAGUUUCAAUAAUCUUAACAACAACAACAACAACCACUACAGCAACAGUAGUAGCCAUAGUAAGUUAGUUAGCAAUAACAUUGUCGGUUGUAAACCAACCGAGGAUGACUAUCUUCACCUGUGCGAUACGACGACGAUGACCCCGGCAGGAACGCAUAAGCACCAGCAAUCGCAUUCCGCAUCCGAUAUGAAGACGACGAAUCUCAAUAGUUCUAAUAGUGAUAGGAACCUUCUAGUCAACCAGAACAGCAUCAGCAAUAACAAAAAUGCAGACGCCGAAGCUACCGGCGGCAGUAUUAUCCAUUCAAGUCGGAAGAACGAUGACAAUGACGACGACGACGAGGUUGAGGUGGUACUUAGGCGAAAUAACAAGAAUGGGAUCAACCUUCUUGAACAGCAGCAGUCCGUCAACUUGAUGGAGGAACUGGACGUAAGCAAUCAUCUGGUGUGUAAAAAAGAGAACGAGGAUGGACCGGACGUCAAAGGUGGUCACCCCGAUGCGCUGAUCAUACAUGCCACCAGGGUGCAGAAGAUUUCCGAUGUAACUGAUGAGUUUUUAGAAGAUGCCUACGGAGAAGCAUUUAUCACUACGUUCCGUACGUUCAUCUCCCCGCUGGAACUAAUUCAGAAGCUGACCCAUCGUUACUCGCUGUUUCACUGUCAGAUGAUCGACGCGAAACAAAAAGCUGCCAAAGAAUCCUUCUCCCUGUUGGUGAGAGUGGUCAACGAUCUUACAAGCCCUGAUUUAUCACGCCGACUGUUGGAGAUACUGAUGAACUUUGUUUAUCAGUUGGUCUGCGCCGGUCAUCUCACGAUGGCCAAACUGUUGCGAGUGAAGCUGAUCGAAAAAGUAUCCCUCUACAAGCAGAAACUUCCCAAAGAGCCCAGUUCGCUGUCUAGUCGGGCUGUUACAACCUCACUUCCGACGCUGCUAGAUCUCAAAUCGGCAGAUAUCGCCGAGCAGAUGACGCUGCUAGAUGCGGAACUUUUCCACAAAAUCGAAAUACCGGAGGUGCUUAUCUGGGCCCAGGAACAGAACGAGGAACGGUCACCGAAUCUGACGAGGUUCACUGAGCAUUUUAACAAGAUGUCCUACUGGGCGCGAUCGCAAAUUCUUAAGAAAGAUGAUGCCAAAGAAAGAGAGAAACUUGUGAUUAAGUUUAUCAAAAUAAUGAAACAUUUGCGGAAAAUAAACAACUACAAUUCGUACUUGGCGCUAUUGUCGGCACUGGAUUCGGCCCCAAUCAGACGGCUCGAAUGGCACCGAACAAUCACUGAAGGACUGAAGGAGUACUGUGCUCUAAUCGAUUCUAGUUCUAGCUUUCGAGCCUAUCGCCAGGCGUUGGCUGAAACCAAUCCACCCUGUAUACCUUAUAUCGGUCUAGUCUUGCAAGAUCUAACCUUCGUGCACAUUGGUAACCCGGAUCUGCUUUCUGGUGGAUCAAUCAAUUUUUCGAAGCGGUGGCAACAAUACCACAUUGUGGUAAACAUGAAACGUUUCAAAAAGGGAUCGUACCAGUUCAAGAAAAACGAAAAGAUUAUUAGCUUCUUCGAUAAUUUUGAAGACUACCUGGAUGAGGAUGCCAUGUGGCAGAUUUCCGAAAGUAUUAAGCCGCGAGGUGGGCGAAAACCCAACGCCACAAGCAAUUAGUACAAGCUAAACUGUCUCAAAGGCAGUGACGAGCAUGACCAAGCUAUGAUUUGGCAGGAACAACAGCAACAACGGUUGAAGAAAUCACAGUAGAAGUCACCAGUGGACCAACAGCGCAAGUAUAAGGAUGCCAUCGAAGAAGGUAUCAUAACGCCAAAAAUGCUUUUUACAUAUAUAAGCUACCUAGUUGUUUUUAUGUUAUUUUUAAAUUUUCUGUGAGAAUGUGUAGCCAAGUUUCUUGGUCGAUUUUUUUACGAUCAAGAUUAUUUUGAAAAUCUGGCAAUUUCUCACGUGGUGAAUGUGUUGUUUUAGUUUUUACGUCCAUAAUUGGUUGUUGUCCCUUUUAAAUUAAGAUUAGUCGAGAUUGUACGUUUUCCCCCUUUGGGUUUGGUAGGACAUCGACGCAUUCAGCAUUUGAAAAAGGGAUCUUUUUAUUGAACCAUUAUCCAAUAUGAUAUAGCUUCUGCUAGAUAAAGGAUUUAUGCAAAUUGUAAAUAACAGAAAAAUGCAAGCAAAUUUAGUGUUAUGUAGUAGUGAAGAGCAAUGUGAAAACAAAAUAUAUCAAAAAGUAGUACUAGAACAAAUAUACUAGCGGUGAAAUCUGCAAACCUACACACAUACACCGAACAAAAAAUCAGAAUCUGAAUAAAUUCAUUUCAAACAAUAUUUUUUAUUUCCGUUUGUUCUCAGUUAUUUCUAUUCAGAAACAUCCCUAUUUUUUCCUUUCAUCAACUCAUAACACGUACACACAAAACAAAUUAUCCUAUAAAUAUAGCAUUUUAUAACCGUAUCUAUGCAAAAUAAUGCAGAACAACGAAUUACAUCAUUUUGAAUAAAGCGAAAUUGAUUGCUGAUGAUGAAUUAUACAAUACACAUUUCGCCAGUAUAAAAAGAAACUGUGGUGUCACAGCUGCAAGAUCAACGACAUUGCUACAAAAACGGUAACAGGGGUGAAGUGAAAAACUAUAGGACUAUAUUACUACAGAUCAGAAAUACAAAGCAUUAUAAGUAAGCAUCUGUCUUCGUUCGGAUGCUUUUUAUUAUCUCUCGAUUGUCUUGUUCCAAAAACGUGACCGCGACGCGAUUCCGGUAAAUCCAAUAUUUUUUACAACGAAAAAGGAAUUGUCCAACGUUACCGUACCAAUCGAAGCCGGAUCCUCUGAUAAGCUGAUGCUCAAUUCGCUCUUACUGGAAACAAAAUGACGUUACAAAAUUCUUUCAUAUAUUGGUUAAAGUGGACCAAUCGGUUUUCCGCAACAUCUCUGAUCUGGUAGAACAACCACCCGAGGAAAACAAAUACAAAGCAAUUAGGGAUCGUCUAAUCUCUCGCCUUGACCUAUCGGCACAGGCGAAAUUAGAAAAAUCUUUCGAGUGCUGGCGAUUUGGGCGACAUGCGUCCUACCCAUCUCCUUACUAAAAUGCAGAAACUUUCUGUCGGGUCAAUUCCACCGGGCACCAAAGCAGCGACGGUAGUUUAGCUAAAUUUACGGAUAAAUUGGGUGUUUCCUUCGGUUCACAUCAUUUAGCUGCAGCGUCGCAUCCAGCGUUUUCAGCAAGUUUCCAGGAUCCCGAGACUCAGAUCGUCACAAUUUGUGCAGAGGUUCGCCGGUCGAAGAUUAUCGCGACCGGUAGCCGAACCGAAGCCUUUCAUCUUCUCAACAGUAAGAAGAUGCCAGCAGAUCAGAUCUGCUGGUACCACAGAAAUUUUGGUGUUAAGGUUCAAGUUACCUUUUUUGAGCACGUGUUAGAUUUGAACGCUGGGUAGUAAGGGUAGGAAAAAUUGUGUUCAGCUUUGCUACCAGAUUAUCCAUUUAAACCUUUUCAAAACUCUAAAAGAAGAAUAUCAGCCGAUUUAUUAGAUCACAACGAUUCAAAUCAUACAAAAUAGCUGCUGGAAAAACUAUCGGUUUCGCAGCCACUUUUUCAAAAGCACCAUUCAGCUAAGCCGAUGGUUUUUCCAGCAGGUAUUUUGCAUGAAUUGAACCGUGAUGAUCUAAUAAAUCGACUGAUAUCCUCCUUUUAGAGUUUUGAAAAGGUUCAAAUGGAUAAUCUGGUGGCAAAGCUGAACACAGCUGUUUUUGUGGAUGACAUCUGCAUCGCCUCGACGUCCCCAGAUGAACAUCGAAGUGAUGGGCUAACAGUUCUGGAGCGACUCAGCAAAACGGACUAGUUAUCUAUCUCGCAAAAUGUUUUUUUUUGCACAGAAACAAGCAGAGUUAGCUCCAUAGUUAGGGUGCUUACAGAGUGGCGGCGAGAAGCUGAGCUGGCGCUGGAACUGACAUUAGAAUGCGAGAUACGAGAAACCUUGCUGCAAACCAAAUGGGUGAUGUCAGAGUGAAAGCCGAGCGGAUCUGCGUCGACUGCCCGCUUUCACUCUGACAUCAUCCCUUUACUUUGCUGCAGGCGGGUUUCUCGCAUCUCGCAUCCUAAUGUCAGUUCCAGCUCCAGCUCAGCUUCUCGCCGCCACUCUGUAAGCACCCUUAGUCCGGCGAAGAGGUAAUCGGAGGAUUACAUUAUUGCGGAGAGAUCGAGGGCGAAUGUUAACAUAUAUGGCACGAAGAAGCCAGGAGCAGAAAUCGUCAUAGCACUGGAUAGAUCCCGCCGCACUUGCACGGUCCACGACUUUCAUUACUUGGCAGCUGGUGUGGGUUGUUACAACGCAGUCGACGGAGGGCAAACCUGUACUAACUCAAUUCGAUGAGAUAAUGCGUGUUCCACACAACUGAAUUCAGUGUUGAGGGAACGAGUGAGCAGUAGAGAGCCUUCAAGCAGUAUGUAUCUGAAAAGUGCUAUGAUAAAUUCUCAUUACGAACCCCAAAUAGCACGACGGUUUUUGACAAUUUAGCUAAUAUAUUACCUAAUUGUCGAUUGUUCAUCCAAAUUUUAAGGAUAGUGCAUUUUUAGGAUUUGGGCUCAUUCGGUUGAUUUCCCACCAUUCCGCAAAGCUUCAGCUGACGUCAGCAUUCAGGAUUCAGGAUUGUAUAACUUGAGGUCAUUAGCGGAUGACAAGCAGAAGUUGACGUCGUUGAAAUACAGAAGAAAAAUCAAAGGACCAAGAUGACUGCCUUACGGAAUACCAGAUGAAACGAAGAACUCUUCGGAUACACAAUCACCUAUCUUGAAAGCUAGACGACGAGUACUGAGAUAGGAUUGCAUUCGUCGGAGAAUAUUGAUACGAAAGCCAAGUUUAUCCAACUAUGCCACUGCCAGUUUUUCAUUAGAGAAAACAUUCGCUAGUUUUGCAGAAAAUAGUUGGCAAAUCCACUGUGAACAAGAACUCCUAAGCCCUCCAUAGCCCAUCGAUGAAGAUAAACCGCAACUUCUUUAUUAGCUUUUUUACAUGCGUCCAGAAUGUUUUUGGUUCGGACUUCAACCUACCUUGUACGUCCCCUAAGUAAUUGAAAUAGCACCGCUUAGCUGUCUGUUUAUGCACAUGGUUAAUAUGCACGUAAUGUUGUCGCAGCACGUAAGGCUCAAGCAUACCUGAUGUGCAAAGGAGCGGAACCAUCAUUACGAGAUCGCACAUGCCUGAUUGCUUCGCGAACGUCAUCGACAUCGUUGGAGUUGAUCGCAGAGCAGUGGAAGAGGAAUUUGUGCUUAUUGAAGGGGCAGUUGCGAGAAUCGCAGUGGCUGUAAACUAUAACUCUGACAAACCAAACUAUUGCACAUUGUAAUUGAGAGCGAGGUAGUCCAGACGAUGUUGGUUUCGAGAUGAAAAGCAAUGUGGUACGGUAUAAGGUCAUCGACAUAUUAAUAUAUCUUGAAACACUAGUGACUAAGUGGCUGGACUAAGUAAGCCCCUUCCCUCCCCUGUUUGUCGGAGCUAAAAUAUUUUUUCCAAAUCACAGAAUGUUGUUACGGAGUGCAAAAAUGGUUUAGUAAUGUUUUUUUUUUCUGUUUCACUUGUAGAGGUUUUAAGGGCCACACACAACACACAGGCCAUUGUUCGAAGCGGUGUUCUGGCCGCCAUGGGACGCUCUCGGCUCGAGGCGCGCGGCUCAGGUAGAAACCUUUUCGUGGCAUUAUGCACGUUCCCAAAAUUCUUCGCGUUACACUGCACAUGUGUACAGGUCUCGAGAACGUAUUUCACGGUUUGAUCUGUAGAGGCAUCGUAGUCUAAUCGUGAUUUAUCAAACAACCGCAGAAAAUGACGAAAACUAAAACAUUUGGUCAAAAUUGUGAAAGUCACAUUUGGGUCCACCAUAUCGGCAUCGCCAUUUUUAUUUUUUUAUGUCUUGAAGCAUAUUAACUCAAAUUCGUACUUUUAAAUCACAAAACCUUUUUUUUCUCGAACACCAUUUUUUAGUGGGCGUCCACCAUAUUGAACCAUUUUGAAUUUCGAAAAACUAACUUCAGAUUCGUAAUCAGCGAUGCCCAAAACCCAUAAUUCCAUGUAAUUGUUACAAAAUAUUGACAUUCCGCAAGCGACCAAAAAUUCGGAAAAUACUUAAAAUGCACACUUUAAAGUUCACAUCAAGUUCUUAGCGAACUUUCAAGCUGCUUAAGCUUUAAUGGAACUUGAAAGCUGCUUAAGCCACUAUUAGAACAAGAAACGUAUCGGAAAAUUACUUAAAACGAAGAGCUUGUGCAGCUCCCAGCUUGCUUGGGUCUACCACGAAUAAUUCAACGAAAGUAUUCUCAAAACUUUAAACGCGUUUAUCUCAAAACAUGAUUUUUAAAAACUGCGUACAAUCUCAUUUGAAAACGGUUCAAUUCAAAAAUUUUCACUAUUUUUAGUGAAGCCUUAAAAUGGAAAAAGGGCUGAAAAAUCAAUCUUUAAGUUUGAGAUCGCACCAUUAAGUCAAAUCAACAAGUAUUUUACUUGUUCUUAGAUCAUUCCUCCUCAAUAAAUUUAAUUUACUUUAGAGCCUUUUUAUUAGUUUGUGUUUCAGAUCGAUCCUGAGGCAGCCGACGGUACGUAGCUUUGUUGUUCCACGCGCACCUAAUCUUAGACAGAACGUCACCACGUUGUUUUUUCGUCUUGAACAAACUUGAAGACGAAAAAUAUAAGCUUUUUAAAUCCUAAAAUUGUUUCCUUCUAUGUUUUUUCAGUGACUCACAGAAAAAUUCCAAAUUUUACUUACUUUUAGGUCAUUUGAAUGAGAUCCUCCCCUUAAGUACUUAUCGAAUGACCGAAUACAAACAGAUAUCAAAACGCUGGAUGGUUCCACCCUAUAAUGAAAUCAAACAACAAUUCUAUUAGGUUUUUGUGGUACCAAGCCACUCUAAUUUUAUAAAACAUUCACUGAUGUUAUUUGCACGUAAGUCAUCGUCAGUGACUUAGUUAUUUCUCAGACGCUUAGUCACCUCCUUGAUCUUGGGUACAUUCGGUACUGUCAAACCCGAAAUCGGCACCGCGUGUUUCCUAUAACCCAAACAGGUAUUGCGAACAUUUAUAUUAUGUGGCUGAAUUUUAGGCCUGGAAGGAGACUUCUUCAUUGCCGCAGAUUGCGUGUAAGUAGGUCCGCUUACGGCCCCAUCCCUUCCGUUUAGGUCCUUCGCUAACAGCAUUAGUAAGAAAGUAUUGUCAAGUUAACUAGCAUCUGGAUCAAAAUAUACUACAUAACAUAUAUACAUACAUACAACAUUUUUGUUUAUGUGCUGAUAGUUGAGAAUACUUUAGUAUGAGUUGUUCCUUUUUUAUUUAAUUCCGGGUAACACAAAAGAUUAAUUUCAUUCCCCAUAUUGCAAGUUAGAAAUAUUAGAUAUAUGGUUUGAGUAAUACCACCUUGAAUUUACCGACAAAUGCUUUUAAGGAGUUAAAUUUUGAGCAAAAUAAUGAAUGUAUUCACGGCCUAGUUGAAUGAACAAACAUAUUAUGAGGAGCUUUUCCCUACAUAAAAGAUCAAAUAUUUUAAUUAAUUGGUUUUUAGUUUAAAUAAGCUCUUGAUGAUAAGUAAAACCUUUUCAUUAGAUACAAUAGCUGGCCUGAAUUUUAUCGUACAUAAAUACAAAGGUGUAUCCAAUAGUAAGCAGUAGAGUAGAAGGCCGAACACGUUAAAUUUUUAGCCCUAAUCACAGCCUACAUGUUACCAACAAACAACGACCAUCUCAUUCUUGGAAUAUUCAUCCGAAGUGCUUGAACUAGUCCGAUCUGAGUGUGACUAUGCAAGGUUGAAAGCGUAUUGUUGAGCGAAUCUUUUCUGAACAUUCAACUCCAGAAGCACCCAUCAUUGCUGGACCAAUAAAUAACAACGCUAUUCGUAUAAUAAUUUUCAAACUACCAGUUAGUCGUUUGUAAACAAACCAUAUUAACCGAUACACAUAUCACAUAGAUCAAAGUUCUGCUAGCUAAAAUUCCGUGCGUAGUUAAAUAGAAAAGACAUACGAUGGUGAGAAGACCUUCCAGGAGAUGGCAGGUGCCCGAUAAGACUUUUUAUCACAUAUAUCAAGUAGUCAAACGAAUCAUGAGAAACUCUUAAAAUGCUCUUUUACAUGCCACGCAUAGCAGUGAUCGUGUUUUUAUAGAAUAAUCUGCAAUCUAAUGUAAGCUGCUUUCUUUAUUGAUGGUGAAUGUGCAAAAAACUAUGAACGUCAUUUAACUAAUGUUAGAACUAGCUAUACUAGAUUAGAUGGAAGCUAAGAUUCCAAUUGGUCAUCGCGUCAGCGAUCUACCUGCAAAAACAGUGAGAUUUAAUGCAAUUAUCUAUUUAUAACACAUAAAAUAAUGAGCGAAAGAAAUGUGGAAAGACUUAAACCGGAAAGGGAUAUUAUACACAUUUGAAAGAAGGCGAAAUAUUUUAAAUUUUAGAUCACAUACGACGACACAUCACACAACUUAUACACGAAUAUAUGUGAAAUAAAAGUAGUAAUGAUAAACUAUGAUACGGCAACCAACGGGUGAUGAUGGACUAUGAUAAAGUUUCGCUUUUCUGGAAUGAAUAGACAUUGUGAAAAUAAACACAUCCUAAACACACUGAAUAGAAGACUAUCGAGUAGCUAACAAUAACAUUAUCGCAUAUAUGAAUAACAAUAUAGUUAUAAUCCAAAAAAGCGAGGUGAAUAAGAAUUGAUGUGAUACAAUACUUUUACUGUAAAACGACAAAAAUAUACUUAACAGUUGCGCAAUUCAUCAAAAUA